AUGACUGUUGCCGCCCUGUCGUGUCUUCUUUUAUAUUAUGAUAGAAAAAUCAAUGAGAAAAUGAAAAAAGAACAUUUCGCUUUAUUUUUCUUUCUUUCAUUAUUUCUUUCUUUCAUUCUUUUUUUCUUUCUUUCUUUAAUUCUUUUCUUUCUUUAUUUCAUUCUUUGUCUCUUUCUUUCAUUUCUUCCUUCUUUUUCUUUCUUUCAUUCUUUUUUCUUUCUUUCUUUAAUUCUUUUCUUUUUUUCUUUCUUUCUUUCUUUAUUUCAUUCUUUGUCCCUUUCUUUCAUUCCUUCCUUCUUCUUUCUUUCAUUCUUUGUUUCUUUCUUUUUCUGUCUUUCACUCUUUGGGCGCGUCGGUGUUGACAUGAAUACUGGUUUCUCUCUCUCUCUCUCUCUCUCUCUCUCUCUCUCUUUCUUUCUCUCUCUCCGUCUCUCUAUCUCUCUCUCUCUGUUACUCUCUCUCUCUGUCCCUCUCUCAGCUUGCCGGUGCUGA